AUGAAUUCAUUAUCAAAAAGUGAUAACAAUACUUCAUUUUCUCCCGUUAUUUUAACAGAAUACGAAAAUCAAAGCGGAUUAUUAGCAUACGUAACCAUUGAAUUAAACAAACAAAGAUUAAGUAUCAAAGAACUAAGCAGCGAUCGUGUAAUUAAUACAUUAUUCAUCAAUGAAGCAAAUACAAAGAUAAAUACUAUUAAAUUCAAACACAUUAAUAACAGUGACACUAGUUUAAUUCUGUUGGGACUAAGUACUGGUGAGAUAUGGAUCUAUGCUUAUAAAAACAACGAAAUUGUAACUAAAUUGAGUACUCAAAGCAACUUUCCUAUUGUUGAUUUGCAGGUUGAUAGCACAAGCAACAAACUUUAUUGCUGCGACAGUGGGAAUAUAUUGCAUAUUUAUGAUUUGACCAAUUUUAACAAGAUAAAUAAAUUGGAUUUAAAUGAAGAUAUAUUUUCGUCAUCCUCUUCAAAUGAUGCUACGAUUGGCAAGAUAUGCUGUAUUAAUUCGGCCAAUGAUAAGAAUGAAAAAGUUUUACUUUGUUCACAAAGUGUUUUGUUAUAUAAUCUAACAAGUAAUGAAGUCGAAUUAAAAUUUCCUGGUCAUAUCACACCAAUUACCUUUGUUGAGUAUAUUGAAAGUCACAAGUGCUUUGUUACUGCUGCUAAAAAUGAUAGAUUUUUAAAUGUCUAUGAUAUUAAAACAGGAAAUAUUAUAACUGUUUUAAGUAGCAGUGAACCAGUAGAAGCCAGUAAGGUCACCAUAAGCAUUGACCACAAUUCUGACAAAGUUAAUGUUUAUGUCAUUACUGAAUCAGGUAAUUUAGAAAUCUUCCAAGACAUUUUUGUAAAGCGAGAAGAUAGCGAUAAUAUCGAAUCUUUAUUAAAAUCCAAAAAGAAAAAGAAGGACAGGACAGGUGUCAAAAAUGGUGGUAAUAAAAAGUCAAAGAAAAUUGAUGGGAAGAUUACUUUUGAAAUGAAUUCUAAACAUUUGCCCCUAUUGAAUUGUACUACUUCUAAUAGUAUUGAUGAACUAAUCAUUACUUGGCUAGAACGUGUUUCAAGUCCCUUUUCUAAACAAAUAACUGUGGCUGCUGCACCACAGGAUGUUGUUAAUUCCACAAGCAACUUAUUUUAUACUAUAAAAAUUAAACCACACUUCAGUAAUCAAGGCCAAAAACACUAUCAAGGCACAGAUAUUGCAUCACAUGAAAAGUACGUUGAAGGCAAUGCAACUGUCAGCAAUGGUGACAAUUUCCAAGAUUUAUUAGAAAGUGAAAUUGACAAAGUAUUAGAAAAUAAUAAUAAUGUAAUAACCAGUUUACAAGACCAAUUAUUUGAUCAAAUGUUAGAAAAUACGAAAGACCAUAAAAAUAAAAAAGCAUCAACUACUAUUGGUUCUGAUAAUAAUGUUGAUAUUGCAACGACAAUCUCAACAACUAAUACUAAUAACAAAUUGAGGAAAAAGAAGAAUAAAGAUGUUGUAGGAACUCUAACUGUAAUUUUAACACAGGCAUUAAAAUCCAAUGACCAAUCAUUAUUAGACCAAGUGUUGAACACAAGAGAUCCUAGAGUGAUUAAAGCUACAAUAUAUAAACUACCCCAACAACAAUUAUCUAUUUUAUUAUUACAAAAAUUGGCAGAAAGGAUAGCUGUGGCCAAAAACAAUGAUGGCAGUGGAAAUUCCAGCAACAAUAGCCUAGAUCAAUGGUGUAAAUGGUGUUUGAUUAUACACGGUGGGUACCUAAACACUAUACCUGAUCUACUAAGUUCUUUAAGCUCUUUGCAUAGCGCCAUGAAGAGGAAAGCGUCUGUGUUGAACAGAUUGAAUGAAUUGGGGGAAGCCUUGGAUUGUGUAUUGAAAAGAAAUGAGUUUAAUGAUGAAACAAGUAACAAUGAGUAUGAAAGUGAAGAAGAAGAAGAAUUUGUAGAAUAUGUUGAAGAAUUGGAUGAUGCUGGCUUAUUAAUUGAAAAUGGCAAAUUAGUAAACGAUGAUUCUAAUGAAAAUGAAUAUUCUGAAGACGAUACACGUGACUCUGUAGUAAUCUGA